AUGCUGGGAUGGCUACGGGAUUGCUUCAAAUACGACGACAUUCGCACAACGAUAUUCCUGAUGGUUAGCGCACAAUCUGCGCUAGCCUGCUUCAACCUCGGAGGAGGUGGCGGUGGCGUUGGCACCCCGACGGUAAUGUGUUGCGCUCCAUCAGCUCCAUCUUGUGCCCCUUCAGCUCCUCCAUGUCCGUCAGGAGGCGGAGGGUACGCAGCGCCGCCACCAGCGCCAUCAUAUGCGGCGGCUCCUCCGCCUCCAUCGUAUGCCGCGCCGCCUCCGCCUCCACAGAUACCAGCAUAUGUGGCUCCACCAGCCCCUCCUCCAGCACCUCCACCACCACCUCCGCCACCGCCUCCCCCAGCACCACCUCCACCCCAAGAAUAUGCGCCUCCUCCCGCGCCAGCUCCCCAAGAAUACGCACCUCCCGCGCCAGCUCCACAAGAAUACGCACCUCCUCCAGCUCCACCUGCACAGGAAUAUGCACCUCCGCCUGCUCCGUCACCACCUCCGGUACAAGUUUAUGCCGUGCCCGGCCCGGCUUAUGUGGCUCCUCCGCCAACGCCGCCACCUCCGCCUCCGCCGCCGCCAACACCGCCACCACCUCCGCCUGCUGCACCUAUCUAUGUGGCAACUGCGCCAUCCUAUCUUGCUCCACCCGGGCCAGAAGCCGUGCAAAUGCCUAAUUAUAUAACUCCGGCUCCGGAGCCGCCUCCCACUCCAGCUUAUGUGCCUCCUCCACCAGCUCCAGCUCCAGUUCCAACGUAUAUAGCUGCCCCGGUAUAUUUGGCACAAGCAUUACCAGCUGCACCAGCACCAGCACCUUCCUACGGAGGUCCACCGUCAGGUGGUGGUACAUCGUAUGCAAAUCCUCCAUCAGGCCUCUCAUCAUAUCCAGCUCCUGCUGUCCCCUCAGGAGGAGGAGGAGGCGGUUAUAAGAGUGCUGCAAAACUCGUACUAAAGAAUAAAGAGUAG